CUUAUAGGCUCAGAGAGUCUGGGUCUUCCCUGAGGAUAUCAGGUGCAGUGUAAGCUACAGAUACCUGCUCAGCUGGACAAGACUUUAAUCAUGGAGAGAAAGCUCCUAAAGAAGGAAAUUCAAAAGCUCCUGGGAGAUUAUAUUGGCAUCAGACUUCGGGAAAAUGAAUUUGACCCAAAAGGAAGAAGGCAACUCACCUUUCUAGAUGAUAUGGCACACUAUGAUUUGGCCAUCAAUGUCGCUUUGCAAUGGCUGGAUCACUCAGAAGACUUAACUUGGCUCGAGUGGGAAAAAGUGAAAAUGCCAUUUCAUGACAGACCUGUAUAUCCAAACCGGAAAGAAAGAGAAGCAAUGAUUUUAUCAUCUUAUGCUGGAAUCCUAAUGAACAGUAUCCCAAUUGAGGAAGUCUUUAAAAUGUACGGAGCUGAUUUUUCUACCAAUUCUAGGGCUACAAAGGUUCCCCGAGCUCCACCUCUCCGCCUCUCCCUGCAUCCCUUUGCCAUGUUAACAGCGCCCCACGCAGCAGAAUACGCCCGCAAACAGAGUGUCAAGUUAAGAAGGGGAGCGACAAAUAAAAAUGCCACCAGCCGCUCUGCAAGGGAAGCGAAUGCCACAGCAUGGAAAUCAUCAAAAAAUGUACCGUUGGACACCCAGCCAAGGAACAAAGUCACUUAGAAACUUGGAACUGCACCAUGGAAGUUCAUAAUAAAGCCUCUGGGAGAGGAAAAGAAACAUCCUAACACUGCAACUCUUGCCAGCACAUUUUUCUUCAUAGUCAGCUUGUGGUACAAAACUUAUUAAAGUGUUACUUUGGAUGUUGGGCUUUCUUCUCUUAGAAUCCCAUUGUGUGGCUAUAUUGUGUUGUUGUUGUUGUUAAGUGUAUAUCCUAUGCUGCUUUAUUGUAACCGGAAGACUGCUGGUUGGAGAAUUUUGAGACUAUGUAGUAUUUCUGUGUCAGAGCAGACUGGCUCUGCAGCACAUUUCACAAAUGUUUAGCACUGAAUACUGCAGAGUGGAGGACUUGGAGGUAGUUUCCCGAAGUUUCGAUCUGAAAUAAAAUGAAUCUGUCAUCCAUUGCCCUUCCUAUGUUCUCACAUGGAAAAUUUAAAAUCAUUUCAAUAAAGCAUUAAAGGAAACAUGAGCACAGGCUUUCUUUCAGGAGAUAUAAGGACUCUUAGGAAAAUGAAAAUGUGCUAGUCUUUCAGCACUUUCCAAAAUGCUGAUUAGGCAGGUGGUUUGGCUGUAAAUAUACACAG